AUGGAGGUAAAUGACGGGAAAGAAAUGCCGGAAAGAAAGUAUGAAGGCAUGGAUCGGGACGGUGAGAGUAUUGUUGUAUUAAGUUCUGGGUUGCAACGCCCUGUGUCCGAGGAACCACCACCUUUGCCACCAAGAAAGUACGAAGACGUGACUUUGCAUGGCGACAAAGAUGUUGUAUUGAGUUCUGGACUGCAACGCGCCACACCCAAUGUGCCACCACUGCGCCCUCUUGACAUGGGAGACAAAGAGAAGGAACAAAUGGAUGAAGGGAACGAAGAAUCGAAAAGGAAGUAUGAAGAGGAAGAUGAUAAAAGUAUCUUCGUAUCUCGUUCUGAGUUGCAACGUUCUGCGCUCAAUGAACCCAAGUCUAACCAUCCUACUAAAAAUGGGGUACGUGAUGUAAGGCUAUCAGCAAAAAAACAGUCCAAAAAAGAUGCGGAUGACAGGAAUGUCAAGCCGCCAUUGCCACGAAGCAAGUUGCAACCAACUGCGCCCAAUAAACCCCCACUAGUACUUUGUCGUGUUGACAUGGGAGAUCUAGUAAAGAAAACACAGAAAAGUGUGCUGUACCAAGGUGUGGAUAAUGAACCCUGCAUUGUAGAUGUGAAGCUGGGCUCUGGCCUGAAGCGCACUGUGCUCAAUGAACCGCCACCAUUGCCAGCAAGAAAGUACGAAGACACGGAUCCGCAUGGAGACUUUGUUCUGUGGUCUGAGUCACAACGUGCAAAGUGCCACGAACCCCCACCUUACCAUCUUGACAGUGGAGACAAAGAGAGUGAAGAAGUGGAUGGAAUGAAGGAAGACUCGGACAGAGAAUAUGAAGACGUGGAUUCGGCUGGCGAAAACAUCAAUGAGUGUGCCGACAAGCCAUGCCAGCAUGGAACCUGUGUGAACAGAGAUGGUGGCUACAAAUGUAUCUGCUCAGUUGGAUGGACUGGACAGAACUGCCAGCAAGCCAUCAAUGAGUGCACAAGAAAGUCAUGUCAACAUGGAACCUGUGCGAACAAAAAAUGUACAUGCUCACCUGGAUGGACUGGGCAAAACUGUCGGCAAGACAUCGGUGAGUGUACCAGCAAACCCUGCCAACAUGGAACCUGUGUGAACAAAGAUGGCGAAUACAAAUGUACCUGCUCAUCAGGAUGGACUGGACAGAACUGUCAGCAAGACAUCAAUAAGUGUAUCGGGAAACCAUGCCAACGUGGAACCUGUGUGAACAAAGAUGUUGGAUACAAAUGUACCUGCUCACCUGGAUGGACUGGACAGAACUGUCAGCAAGACAUGAACGAGUGCAUCACCAAACCCUGCCAACAUGGACGCUGUGUGAACAAAGAUGGUGGAUACAAAUGUACCUGCUCACCUGGAUGGACUGGGCAGAACUGUCAGCGAGACAUCAAUAAGUGUGCCAGAAAACCUUGCCAACAUGGCACCUGUGUGAACAAAGAUGACGGAUACGACUGUACCUGCUCACCUGGAUGGACUGGACAGAACUGUCAGCAAGACAUCAAUGAGUGCACCAGCAGACCCUGCCAACAUGGAAUCUGUGAAAACAAAGCUGGUGGAUUCAAAUGUACCUGCUCACCUGGAUGGACUGGACAGAACUGUCAGCAAUACAUCAACAAGUGUACCAGCAGCAAGCCAUGUCAACAUGGACGCUGUGUGAACAAAGCUGGUGAAUACAGAUGUAUCUGCACACCAGGAUGGACUGGACAGAACUGUCAGCAAGACAUCAAUGAGUGCACCAGCAGACUCUGCCUACAUGGGACCUGUGUGAACAAAGAUGGUGGAUACAAAUGUACCUGCUCACCUGGAUGGACUGGACGGAAAUGUCAGCAAGACAUCAAUGAGUGCACCAGAAACCCAUGCCAACAUGGAACCUGUGAGAACAAAGAUGGUGGAUACAAAUGUACCUGCUCACCUGGAUGGACUGGACAGAACUGUCAGCAAGGCAUCAAAGAGUGCACCAGAAACCCAUGUCAGCACGGACGCUGUGAAAACAAAGCUGGUGGAUACAAAUGUACCUGCUCACCUGGAUGGACUGGACAGAACUGUCAGCAAGACAUCAAUGAGUGCAUCAGAAACCCAUGUCAACAUGGACGGUGUCAGAACAAAGCUGGUGGAUACAAAUGUACUUGCUCACCUAGAUGGACUGGACAGAACUGUCAGCAAGACAUCAAUGAGUGCACCAAAGACCCAUGCCAACAUGGAACCUGUGUGAAUAAAGAUGGCGGAUACAAAUGUACCUGCUCACCUGGAUGGACUGGACAGAACUGUCAGCAAGACUUCAAUGAGUGUACCAGAAAACCCUGUCUACAUGGAAGCUGUGUGAACGAAGAUGGCGGAUACAAAUGUACCUGCUCACCAGGAUGGACUGGAAAGAACUGUCAGCAAGACAUCAAUGAGUGUACCAGAAAACUAUGCCAACAUGGACGCUGUUUGAACAAAGAUGGCGGAUACAAAUGUACCUGCUCACUUGGAUGGACUGGACAGAACUGUCAUAAAGACAUCAAUGAGUGCACCAGUAACCCAUGCCGACAUGGACGCUGUUUAAACCUUCAUGGUGGAUACAAAUGCACUUGCUCAUCUGGAUGGAUUGGACCGAACUGUCAGAAAGACGUCAAUGAGUGCACCAGAAACCCAUGCCAACAUGGACGCUGUGUGAACCAAGAUGGCGGAUACAAGUGUACCUGCUCACCUGGAUGGACUGGACAGAACUGUCAGCAAGACGCCAAUGAGUGCACCAAGAAUCCCUGCCAACAUGGACGCUGUGUGAACAUUGCUGGCGGAUACAGAUGUACCUGCUCACCUGGAUGGACUGGACAGAACUGUCAGCAAGACAUCAAUGACUGCACCAAGAAACCCUGCCAGGAUGGAACCAGUGUGAACAACGAUGGUGGAUACAACUGUACCUGCUCACCUGGAUGGACUGGACAGAACUGCCAGCAAGACAUCAAUGAGUGUACCAGAAACCCCUGCCUUCAUGGACGUUGUGUGAACAAAGCUGGCGGAUACAAAUGCAUCUGCUCCCCUGGAUGGACUGGACAGAACUGUCAGGAAGACCUGAAUGAGUGCAUCAAGAAACCAUGUCAACAUGGAACCUGUGUGAACAAAGAUGGCGGAUACAACUGUUCCUGCUCACCUGGAUGGACUGGAAAGAACUGUCAGCAAGACAUAGAUGAGUGUGCCAGGAACCCUUGCAAACAUGGAACCUGUGUGGACAAAGAUGGUGGAUACAACUGUACUUGCUCACCUGGGUGGACUGGAAAGAACUGUCAGAUAGAUGAGUGUGCCAGAAACCCUUGCGAACAUGGAAGCUGUGUGAACAAAGAUGGUGGAUACAACUGUACCUGCUCACCAGGGUGGACUGGACAGAAGUGUCAUCAAGACAUCAAUGAGUGUACCAGAAACCCAUGCAAACAUGGAACCUGUGUGAACAAAGAUGGCGGAUACAAAUGUACCUGCUCACCUGGAUGGACUGGACAGAACUGUCAGCAAGACAUCAAUGAGUGUACCAGAAACCCAUGCCGACAUGGACGCUGUGUGAACAAAGACGGUGGAUACACCUGUAAGUGCUCACCUGGAUGGACUGGACAGAACUGUCAUAAAGACAUCAAUGAGUGUACUAGCAAACCAUGCCAACAUGGAACCUGUGUGAACAAUGCUGGUGGAUACAAAUGUACCUGCUCACCUGGAUGGACUGGACAGAACUGCCAGAAAGACAUCAAUGAGUGCACCAAAAAACCCUGCCGAUAUGGACGCUGUGUGAACAGAGAUGGUGGAUACAAAUGUACCUGCUCACCUGGAUGGACUGGGCAGAACUGUCAUCAAGACAUCAAUGAGUGCACCAGAAACCCAUGUCAACAUGGACGCUGUGUGAACAUCGGUGGUGGAUACAUAUGUUCCUGCUCAUCUGGAUGGACUGGACAGAACUGUCAGAAAGACAUCAAUGAGUGCACCAGAAACCCAUGUCAACAUGGACGCUGUGUUAACAAAGAUGGCGGAUACAAAUGUGCCUGCUUGCCUGGAUGGACUGGACAGAGUUGUCAGAAUGACAUAAAUGAGUGUGUCAGAAAACCCUGCCAACAUGGACACUGUGUGAACGAAGCUGGCGGAUACAAAUGUACCUGCUCACCUGGUUGGACUGGGCAGAACUGUCAGCAGGACAUAAAUGAGUGUGUCAGAAAACCUUGCCAACAUGGACACUGUGUGAACAAAGCUGGCGGAUACAAAUGUACCUGCUCACCUGGUUGGACUGGGCAGAACUGUCAGCAGGACAUAAAUGGGUGUUCCAGAAAACCCUGUCAACAUGGACGCUGUGUGAACAAAGAUGGCGGAUACAAAUGCAUCUGCUCCCCUGGAUGGACUGGACAGAACUGUCAGCAAGACAUCAACGAGUGUACCAGAAGCCCUUGCCUACAUGGACGUUGCAUGAACAAAGAUGGUGGGUACAAAUGCUUCUGCUCCCCUGGAUGGACUGGACAGAACUGUCAGGAAGACAUCAAUGAGUGCACCAGGAAACCAUGUAAACAUGGAACCUGUGUGAACAAAGAUGGCGGACACAAAUGUACCUGCUCACCUGGAUGGACUGGACAAAACUGUCAGCAAGACAUCAAUGAGUGUACCAGCAAACCUUGCCAACAUGGAACCUGUGUGAACAACGAUGGUGGAUACAAAUGUACCUGCUCACCUGGAUGGACUGGACAGAACUGUCAGCAUGACAUCAAUGAGUGCACCAGCAAACCAUGCCAACAUGGAACCUGUGUCAACAAAGAUGGCGGAUACAAAUGUACCUGCUCACCUGGAUGGACUGGACAGAACUGUCAGCAAGAUAUCGACGAAUGUAUCAAGAAACCCUGCCUACAUGGAACCUGUUUAAACAAAGAUGGCGGACACAAAUGCACCUGCUCACCUGGAUGGACUGGACAGAACUGCCACCAAGACAUCAAUGAGUGCAACAGAAAGCCAUGCCAACACGGAAUAUGUGUUAACAAAGAUGGCGGAUACAAAUGUGCCUGCUCACCUGGUUGGACUGGAAAGAACUGCCAGCAGGACAUCAAUGAAUGUGCCCGACGCCCCUGCCAACACGGAACCUGUGUGAACAAAGAUGGCGGAUACAAAUGUACCUGCUCACCUGGAUGGACUGGACAGAACUGUCAGCAAGACAUCAAUGAAUGUGCCCGACGCCCUUGCCAACAUGGAACCUGUGUGAACAAAGAUGGCGGAUACAAAUGUACCUGCUCACCUGGAUGGACUGGACAGAACUGUCAGCAAGACAUCAAUGAGUGCAUCAGAAACCCAUGCAAACACGGGCGCUGUGUGAACAACGAUGGUGGAUACAAGUGUACCUGCUUGCCUGGAUGGGCUGGACAGAACUGUCAGCAAGAUAUCAAUGAGUGCAUACGGAGACCAUGCCAACAUGGAACCUGUGUGAACAUAGCUGGUGGAUACAAAUGUACCUGCUUACCUGGAUGGACUGGACAGAACUGUAAACAGGACAUCAAUGAGUGUACCAGGAACCCAUGUCAACAUGGACGCUGUUUAAACCAAGUUGGCGGAUACAAAUGUACUUGCUCACCUGGAUGGACUGGACAGAACUGUCGGCAAGACAUCAAUGAGUGCACCAGAAACCCAUGCCGGCAUGGACGCUGUGUGAACCAAGAUGGCGGAUACAGAUGUGUCUGCUCAUCUGGAUGGACUGGAAAGAGCUGUCACCAAGACAUCAAUGAGUGCAUCAGAAGCCCAUGCCGACAUGGAACCUGUGUGAACCAAGUUGGAGGAUACAAAUGUACCUGCUCACCUGGAUGGACUGGAAAGAACUGUCAGCAAGAUAGAAAUGAAUGUAUCAUGGAUCCUUGUCUGCAUGGGUACUGUGUGAACAAAGAUGGCGGAUACAACUGUACCUGCUCACCUGGAUGGACUGGACAGAACUGUCACCAAGACAUCAAUGAGUGCACCAGCAAACCAUGUCAACACGGAACCUGUGUGAACAAAGAAGGUGGAUACAACUGUACCUGCUCACCUGGAUGGACUGGACAGAACUGUCAGGAAGCACAAAAUUGCCAGGAUGGAAAAGGGUCAUCUUACCGGGGAACGGUCGCUUUGACCGAAACAGGCAAGACUUGUCAGCGCUGGGACAGUCAGAAGCCCCAUGGGCACCCCCAGAUCACUCCUGCUAAGUGCCCAUUCUCCGGACUAGAGCAGAACUACUGCCGGAACCCUGACAACGAGGACGGAGUUUGGUGCUACACCACGGAUCCCAGUAAGAGAUGGGAAUACUGUGACGUGCCAAGAUGUGCCGGUUCAGCUUCAAUUGCCCAUCGAUGCCAGAGUGGGUGGGUAGGAUAUCCACACAACAACUACUGCUACAAGUUAUUUAUGGACCUUGUCAGCUGGUCUACAGCACGAUCCCGAUGUAAACAACACCGUGCACAGCUGUCUUCUAUUCAAGAUCAAAGGGAAAACAACUUCAUCACUUCCAACGUCAUUAAUAAAGCACAACAUUGCCAGUAUGGACGUGGGUCAUCUUACCGAGGAACGGUCGCUGUGACCAAAACAGGCAAGACGUGUCAGCGCUGGGACAGUCAGACGCCUCAUGAACACGACAGGACACCUGCUAACUACCCAUCGUCUGGACUGGAGAAGAACUACUGCCGGAAUCCUGACGGCGUGGACGGGGUUUGGUGCUAUACCAUGGAUCCCAGCAAGAGAUGGGAAUACUGUGACGUGCCAAGAUGUGACAACAGACAAAGGACAAAGUGGAACAUGGAAUGA